AAGGGCGGGGAACCAUGUCCGUUUCGCAUCUCACUGUCCCGGCACUGAAGGCAUAAGAGAAGUAGCCAUAUGAAACGCCCCCCGGGUGUGGUCUGGGAGACUGGGAUUCUCUGACCUUCUCCCAUACAACCCUCAUCUGCGCAGGCUUGACGCGGCAACUCUAUCAUCGCAAUGGCGACCCAUAAAGCCACAGCCCUCACAAUCGACGACUAUGAACUACCAAAGGGCCGGAAAGCGGUCGGGACUCUGAUCACCGCCGCUUUGAUGGUUCUCUCUUCAAGAAGGAAGUUCAUCGAGCCUCGUUCGGUCAUUCACGACCACAUCCUAGCGAGAAGUGCCAAAGCGGCAAGGUACUCGAAGCUUGUCCAAGACAUCAUAUUCUACACCUUGUUCGGCCUUCAUGGCAUUGAGACCAUAUGGUUCGCAACGACUAAGCUCAAGAAACACAACGUCAAGAUUACCAGACCGGCCUGGAUUGAAUGGGUGGCGACGGUUUUUGCAGGAGGAGUCUUUGCUCGGAAGCAUUUUGAUGAAUUUAUCGAGCAGAGGGAAAUCAAGGCCAUCAAAGAGAUCUAGAUGAUGAGAAAGGCUAACGAUCCCCCGGGAAAUGCUUGCAGUUCAAUGUUGCUGUGGAUAAAGCGGGAAACUAGCGUUGCUGAUCUACCGUGGAGAUAUCAUGAAAUUCUUUUCAUUGUCGUCUUUACAGAAGAAGGGAAAAAAGAAUCACAACCUUGUCGAUGCUGUUGCGAUUUUGACUCGACACUAUUUGAUGGACCACGAAGGAACUCUCUACAAUUUUCCAAUUUACUCGAAAGCAGAUAUUCUGGUUGUUUUGUCAGUCUCUUAUAUCCUCAAUGAUAG